CAUCAUGGGUUCUGAAACUACUGUACCACGGCAUAGAGUUGGCUAUUGGUUUAGCGAAAAGAAGAGCAAGAAAUUUAAUUUAGAAGAAUUUCAUGGAAUUUGUGAUCAAGCUGGGCUUGACUUGAUCAAGAUUAACUUAACUCUUCCAAUUGAAGACCAAGGUCCAUUUUCUGCCAUUAUUCACAAGAUGACUGAUGUUAUUGCGCAAGCUGAUCUUGGUGAUCCUGAAAGUCUUACCAUUGUUCAGUCUUUUGAACGCUUCAUCUGUGCCAAUCCAAAAAUAAAGAUCAUUGAUCCAUUUGACAAUCUUCGCCAGCUGCUUGACAGAUAUCAAACCUACAGCAAAAUCAACAACAGUGAUCUUCAUAAGGCUGGUGAAGUGUUUGUCCCUCCAUUUGUUGAUCUUGUUAGUAAUGAUGUUGAAGAAAACAUUAGAAAAUUAAGAGAAGCUGGAGUAAGAUAUCCAUUUGUAUGCAAACCUGCUGUUGCCCAUGGAUCCAAAAUGGCUCACCAGAUGUCGAUAAUAUUUCACGAAGGAGCCGUGAAGGAUUGCGAACCACCAUGUGUUGCUCAGACUUUUAUUCCCCAUGAUGCCAUUCUUUUUAAGAUAUUUGUUAUUGGCAAGAAAUACUUUGUGGUCGAAAGACCUUCUCUAAAGAACUUCAGCGCUGCGGAAAUACCAACCAUAUUUUUCGAUAGCCAUGAUGUAUCGAAACCUGAUUCCGUCUCCCUAUUGAGCGUUUUAGAUGACGAUGAAAAAUGCAAUGUCCAUCCAACUAUCAACGGAGAGCUACUCGACAGGGUCAUGUCUAUGCUACGUAUCGCUCUGGAAAUGAAUCUUUUUGGCGUUGACAUUGUUGUGGAAAAGAACACUGGGCAUUAUGCCAUUAUUGACAUCAAUGCAUUUCCAGGCUAUGAAGGCGUUCCGGAUUUCUUCACUCACGUCACUGAGGUAUUGAAAGCGAUAGUUGAGUCGAGCCCAGUGUCCUCUUCAUCUUCCAUUACCACCACCACCUCGUCCAGGGGUGUGGGAGAAGAGGAUUCCGGUAUCGAUACAGGCGACUCUAGCGACGAGAAACGCCAUCAAGGCAACAAUCAAAGUGUGCGGGUGAAACGGUCCUCGGCUCUUUUUAAUUCAACUAAUAACAUCCAGAUUUAAGUGCUGAAACAAAAGAAGAAGAGAAAAAAAGGAGAAAACCAAAAGAGCUUCACAACGCUUCUUCAUCGUUACGAUACAGGAGUACACAGCCUUGCCAUUGCGACAAUUUUUCAUCUCUUAUGUUAAUUUCUUUUGCUUUUGUAUACAUCUACACAAUUUAUAUAUAUAUAUUCUUCGAGUGUUUUUGGGCUUUCAGACGAAGAGGUCGAAAGCCAUUUAGUCUGCAAAUUAUUAUCAGCUUCCAAGUUUUUAUCUACCCCAGCGUAUAUUCAUUACGAAGAUGAUCGUUCGAUAUAUAAAUGAACUACCUAGGUGCCUUGUGUAUAUUUUCCUUGUCAACUUUAUGUUUUCCAUGGGAAAGAUCGAAAUGCGUGCAAAAAUAGAGGGAAAUUCCCGGCGGAUUAAGGGGAUGGACUCCACGGGACAUUUGGGCAUCGUGUUUUCGUUCUUUUCCUUCGCAUCCGUAAUGUUCUUCCUGUAUGUGCAGUUAUUGAUAUUCAAACGGUAGCAUAUACCAACAUGUAACACCUGUGUUGAACUGUCAAUCUUUUUAUCAUGAUAAAGCAUACAUGUAUACAUAAAAAGUGCUGUUGAUUUUGUAAAAGACUAAAGUCUUUUUUCUUCUAAAAAUUUGAAUAAAAAGAAAGAAAAGAAA